AUGGAAGCAGCGGACGGAGCGGUUGGCCUUGCUGUAGGCUCUGAAGAGCUGCGGCAAGAGGGGGCAUUGCCUUCCCCUACCGCCGAUGGGGCUAAAGAUACAGCUGACAGUGCAGCCAGCACCUCGAAGGCAACAGAUUUAGACUUACCGGCUGCAUCGGGAUCCGUGGAAGGACACGCAGACGCACACACCCCUGCCGCAGAAGCCACGGAAGCAAGACACGCCGAGGCAGGAGAAGCGGAGUGGGGUUUGUUUGGAGGAGGGGCGGACGUUCCGUCGGAUGAAGACACAGCAGUAGCCGAAGCAGCGGGCUGCACUGCCAAGCUGCUGUAUGCACAUGGCCUGGCUAACAAGCCCCUCCGAUACGAGGAGCCAGCAGAAGCAGUGCUGUUCGCUGUCAAGAAGAAGCAAAGCAGCCUUCAGGAGGCAGAGGCGCAGUUGCAGGAGCAGCCGGCUGAGAUCCAGGCGGCUCUGCAGCGUCGCUUGCUGCGCAUGAGGGAGAAGGCGAAACAGUUGCUGCCCUUCCACCCCCUGCCCUCUUGCAAGCUACUGCCGAUCCCGGAGCUGUUGCUGCAGCAGGAAGAGUCACAGCAGCAGCAAUGUACGGAGGAACAAAGACAGCAGGAUAAUCAGCAGCACGCCAGAGAUAUGCCCUGUCCGCCGCUGGAGCAGCAGAGGGAAGAAGACAAGCAGCAGAACGUAGAACCCUCUCCGACGGCAGCACCCGCCUGCACCUCACCAGCAAACUCCCCCCCACAAAUCGUCGAUCCGAAAGCACUGAAAGCUGCAACGAGGAAGGGGCUUCAGGUUGCACGGCAGCAAGCGGAACAGAUUCGGCGCAUGCAGCCACACGACAUUCUUUUUGGACACCUCUACCACAAACUUAGGGCGCUAAAGCGGAGAGCCGCUCAUGGAGAAAUGCGUCGAGGCCCGACUCAUCUUGGAAAAAAAGCACAAGACUGCGUUGCAGGGAGCGUCCGCCAGCAUUUAGAAGGUAGCAUUGGUGGCAGCAUACGACUGCCCGGUAGCUGCAACGUUUUGUGGUGUCUGGCUGGCUGGAUGCAAGCGGCAACAACUGCAGGCCGUAUUGGUGAUGCAGCUAGAAAUAAGGCUAAAGCGGCGGCAGGGUGCUCCCGGCAACGCUUUUCGCACACGCAAACCGAACAUCUUUUUUAG